GCUACUCCACACUAGUUUGUGACAGCUGUUUAUUGGCGUGGGAAGCAACUGCAAAUUUUGCCAGAAAAUUACGAAUUUUCGAAAAAUCUAACCAAAAUGAAGGUUAUAUAUAAUACAUUGUUCAAACGUACGUCCACAUACGCUGUGGCCAUCAUGGCAUCGGCCUUCUUCUUUGAACGCGCUAUCGAUGUUAGCGCGAACAUGAUCUUCGACACCGUCAACAAAGGCAAACUCUGGAAGGACAUCAAGGGCAAGUACGAAUAGACGACCGUUUGACUGCAGCUAGUUCUUAAUAAAACAAUGACAUUGACUCAUUGUAAUUAGCAUAACUCAACGUUUAUUAUAAACGAUACAACACCCAAAACAA